AGAGACUUCUUCUUCACAUCAGUUACCCCAACACUAGGGUUUCACAUCUUCAUCUUCCCCAUCACUCUCUCUCUCUCAAGGAAAAUAAGAAAAGAGAGAGAAAAGAAAAUUAUAACCCCAUUAAUUUUUAAGAGAGAGAGAGACUGAGAACGAAUAGCAAAGUAGUGAGAGAGAAAAAUUAAGAGAAAAAAACAGCUUUCGUUCUCCUUCUCUCUCCUCCAUUUCAGUAAUAAUCUCCUCUGAUUCAGCUCUCUUCUUUAUUAUCUGAUGAACUUCGGUAGUCUCUUCGACAAUACGACCGGUGGUGUCCCCACUGGUCUAGCUUAUGGCAACCACACCACCGCAUCUACCAUAAUACCCGGUGGUACUAUGUCUCAUAUUGGGGCGGCGAGCCUCUUCUCCCCUCCUAUCAAUACCAAAUCUGUUUACUCCUCUUCUGGCCUCUCUCUAGCGCUCGAGCAACCCGAGAGAGGAACAUCCAUGAGGAACCAUAACGGAGCUGGAGGCGAUAUUUUCGAUGGGAGCGGUAAGAACAGGAGGAGCCGAGAGGAAGAGCAUGAGAGCAGAUCUGGGAGUGAUAACGUCGAAGGUAUCUCGGGUGAAGAUCAAGACGCCGACUAUAAUAAACCUCCCAAGAAAAAACGUUACCACCGACACACUCCUCAGCAAAUCCAAGAGCUCGAAUCCAUGUUCAAAGAGUGUCCACAUCCAGACGAGAAGCAGCGACUUGAGCUAAGCAAGAGACUUUGCUUGGAGACAAGACAAGUUAAGUUCUGGUUCCAGAAUCGUCGCACUCAAAUGAAGACUCAAUUAGAGCGGCACGAGAACGCGUUGCUGAGACAAGAGAACGACAAGCUAAGAGCUGAGAACAUGUCUAUACGCGAAGCAAUGAGGAACCCAACCUGCAACAUUUGUGGUGGACCGGCCAUGCUCGGCGAGGUCUCUAUCGAAGAGCAUCAUCUCCGCAUCGAAAACGCUCGCUUGAAAGAUGAGCUCGACCGCGUCUUUAACCUCACCGGUAAAUUCCUCGGCCACCCCCAAAACAAUCACACCUCUUCUCUAGAGCUCGGCGUCGGUACCAACAACAACGGCGGAAAUUUCGCUUUCCCUCAAGAUUUCAACGGUGGCGGCGGUUGCUUACCACCGCAGCUGCCGGCGGUGGUUAAUGGUGUUGAUCAGAGAUCGGUUUUGUUGGAGCUGGCUUUAACAGCUAUGGAUGAGCUAGUGAAGCUAGCUCAGAGCGAUGAACAGUUGUGGAUUAAAAGCUUAGACGGAGAGAGAGAUGAGCUUAACCAUGAGGAGUACAUGAGAACGUUUUCGUCUACAAAACCAAACGGUUUAGUUACUGAAGCUUCUAGAACGUCCGGUAUGGUCAUCAUCAAUAGCUUAGCCCUCGUCGAGACGUUAAUGGACUCGGACCGAUGGACGGAGAUGUUUCCGUGUAUAGUCGCAAGAUCCACAACCACCGACGUUAUCUCCGGCGGAAUGGCCGGAACAAGGAACGGUGCAAUUCAACUGAUGAAUGCUGAGUUACAAGUUUUGUCUCCGUUGGUUCCGGUACGCAACGUGAACUUCCUCCGGUUCUGCAAACAGCACGCGGAAGGCGUGUGGGCAGUGGUGGACGUUUCUAUUGAUACAGUCCGGGAAAACUCUGGUGGAUCUACGGUUGUAAUCAGGCGAUUACCAUCAGGCUGUGUAGUGCAGGAUAUGUCUAAUGGAUACUCAAAGGUCACGUGGGUUGAGCAUGCAGAAUAUGACGAGAACCAAAUCCACCACUUGUACCGGCCAUUGCUUCGGUCAGGUCUUGGUUUCGGCUCGCAAAGAUGGGUCGCUACACUUCAGAGACAGUGCGAGUGUCUGGCCAUCCUCAUGUCCUCCUCCGUUACAUCUCACGAUGACACAUCUAUAUCGCCAGGUGGUCGGAAAAGCAUGCUGAAGUUAGCUCAACGUAUGACGAUCAAUUUCUGCUCGGGCAUCUCUGCGCCCUCUGUCCACAGUUGGAGCAAGCUCACGGUCGGUAAUGUCGAUCCGGACGUUAGAAUUAUGACCCGUAAGAGUGUGGACGAUCCGAGUGAGGCUCCGGGUAUUGUUCUGAGUGCUGCCACGUCUGUUUGGCUUCCGGCUUCGCCACAACGUCUGUUUGACUUCUUGCGGAACGAACGGAUGAGAUGUGAAUGGGAUAUUCUAUCUAACGGUGGUCCCAUGCAGGAGAUGGCCCACAUCGCCAAAGGUCAAGAUCAAGGCAACUCCGUUUCUUUGCUACGCUCCAACCCAAUGAACGCGAAUCAGAGCAGUAUGUUAAUUCUUCAGGAAACGUGCAUUGACGCAUCUGGAGCGCUGGUAGUGUACGCGCCUGUCGAUAUUCCAGCCAUGCAUGUUGUCAUGAACGGUGGGGAUUCAUCCUACGUGGCUCUCCUUCCUUCUGGUUUCGCUGUUCUCCCUGACGGAGGCUUUAACGGUGGCUCCGGAGACGGUGAGCAGCGUCCGGUCGGUGGUGGAUCACUCUUGACGGUGGCGUUUCAAAUCCUUGUUAACAAUCUCCCAACGGCAAAACUCACGGUCGAGUCUGUGGAGACUGUCAAUAACCUAAUAUCAUGCACCGUCCAGAAGAUUCGAACCGCUCUUCAGUGCGAGAACUAAGCUUCAAGGCGGCACGUGAGCUCUGGAGCGCAUGUGUUUGUUGUAUCUUUGAAUUUGUGAAUUUUAACUAUGUAUGUGUCGUGUACUUUGGUCAUUUAGUUAAGCUUGGGAAGGGGGUGUCGAGUCAAGAACGAACCGCGCAGGUGGCGAAAUCCAACUCCUUUGUCACCGCGUUGAGACCACGUCGGUUGGGUCUGAUCACGGUGGAGGAGUUGGUGGUUCGGGUAUUGACUAGGGUUGGAAACCCCCUUUUGUUUGUUGGAGUAUUAAAUAUUUUUAUAUAUUAUCUUGUAAACUCAUGUAGUUGAGAGUGAGCCACACGCUCCGUCGGAUGCGGGUAUGUUGUGUGGUUUUUGCCAACGCGGACUGGGACAUGAGUAGUAUGUGGUUGGACUUUGGAUGGAUCUGGUCCGUUUAUGUCUCUCGUGGUGUGCAUUAAAUGUGUUUGCAGGCUAACAUUCAUUUAAUGCUAUGUUUUUUUUUUCCUC